CCAAAGCCCGUUUUCUCCCCGCAGCCGCCUCGGUAGAGAGGGGGGGGCGGCCCCCGCUACACCCCAGCGCUGGAUGCGGCGGGACCCCCUUGGGGGGCUUUGGGGGAACCCCCCAAAAUAGCUGGGGGGGUCCCGGGGGUCCCGAUGGAGGUGGGGGGGGGCCGCCGGCUGCGGAUCCUGGAGGAUCUCAACAUGCUCUACAUCCGCCAGAUCGCCGCCAGCAUCCAGGAGCCGGAGCUGCAGCGGGCGCUGGAGCGGGCGCUGCGGGUGCGGGAGGGAGCCCGGCGGCUGCUCCCCGCCUGCAGCCGGCCCGAGCAGGCGCUGGAGACCACCAAGACCCUGGUGCUGUGCGAUGCCAGGGUGGUCGCGGCCGGGGGCGAGCUGCAGCGGCGCCAGGAGGCCCGGCUGAGGGGGGCCCGGCGCUCGGAGGCGGGCCCCGAUUUCGAGCUGCGGCUGGAGCUGUACAGCGCGGGGCUGCCCGGGGGGGCGCAGGGCAGCACCCCCAAAAGGCUGGCCACGCGCCUCGGCAGCUCCCUGGGCCGCGCCUCGGGCCGCCGGGCACGGGCAGCCACCGAGGGGACCCCGGGCAGCCCCCCGGGCACCGGCGGCACCGGCACGCUGCUGCCGCCGCCCGGCGUGCCGUGUCCCCGGUUCCAGCUGCUGGCGCACGCCGCGCUGUCCCUGGCCCAGGUGCACGACGGGUUCCGCACCCACGACCUCGUCAUCGCCGCCGACGAGCAGAGCCCCUGCUGGGUGCCCCUCUAUGGCCGCAUGUGUUGCCGCCUGGCGGCCCGGCCCCGCUGCAUGGACACCCCCGCGGCGACAGGGACACUGCGGCUGCAGGCUCCAGGGGCCGAGGGGCCGGGCGGGGCCCCCCUGUUCUGUGUGCUGCGGGGCCCUGGGCUGCUCUGCUACGGCAGCGCCGGCGAGGCUGAGGCAGGGCAGGAGCCCACCCUGACCAUCGCUGUCACCAAGGACACGCGGGUGCGGGCGCUGGAGGGGGGGUCCCGCGGGCAGCCCCCCGGGGUGGCCGUCACCAACCGGCUGGGCGGGGAGGAGGUGACACACGCGCUGCUGGCCGAGAGCCCCGGCGAGGCACAGCGCUGGCUGCAGGCCUUCGGGCAGCACCUCUGCGACCUGGGACCCCAAACCUAG